AUUCAGGGACUUGGGAACCAGCUGGAUGAAGUAAGGAGUGAACUUAUUAACGCAGAAAUCCUGGUUAUUGAUGAGAUCUCCAUGGUUUCAAAGCCUCUUUUUGCUUAUGUUGAUGCACGUCUUAAACAGAUUAAGGGCAGUCACAGACCAUUCGGUGGAAUGUCAGUUUUAGCUGUUGGAGACUUUUAUCAGCUGCCACCAGUGAGACAUUCCAAACCUCUCUGCGUGUUCGACCCAGCAGAUAUUGACCUCUGGCAUGAACAUUUUCACAUGAUCACGCUCACUGAGAUUAUGCGUCAGAAAGAUGAUGUUGCCUUCGCAGAGAUGCUGAACAGGAUCCGUGUGAAAGAAAGGAGAGAUGAGCUUUCUCAGGCUGACAGAGAUCUGUUGUCACGCACCGUCACAGAACCAGAACUUUGUCCCACUGAUGUCCUGCACAUUUUUGCAACCAACAAGCAAGUAAAUGAACAUAACACAGCCACACUGGAAAAGUUUCAUUCUAAUAUUAUUAAGAUUGAUGCAGAUGAUUUCCAGAAGGACCCUCAGACUGGCAGAAUGUCUCGACAGAACCGACCUUUGGCAGGAAGACGAGGUGAUUUGCCUGACACUCUGAACGUGGCUGAAGGAGCACGGGUUAUGUUGACUCGGAAUUUAAAUGUUCAGCAAGGGCUCGUUAAUGG